AUGCAGUUGUCUUCAGUCUGUUGCAGAAGUUUGAAUGAAGUGAAGAAACUUGUCUCGAAGUUCUGCUGCAAUGCGUGUGCAUCUGCAUGCAAAAUUUGUGCAGGAUGGGAUCGUGCAGAGUUUGAGUGGUGUUGCCAGAACAUGCCUCGUGAGGGCUGCGAAGAAGAGCGGCACUUCAGACUUCAGGCGCAGAAAAAGGUGGGUCAGGACGAUAGUGUUCAAGCCCAAAAGAGGUUAGAUUCCCUAGUUGCUCGAAGUCAGAGCUUGGAAAGCCAGCGACUCUUCCAAAUCCUUGGCGCAUGGGCUGCUGGCUCCCUCACUUUCUUCGCUUUGCACCGCGUUUUGCCGGUCCCUUUGUCGCACAUCCUGCAUGCGCAAAUUCCGACUAUAAAGGCACAAAGUGCCGAAGAUCGAUCUAAGUCAACGCUUUGUGAAGUUCGCAACGAGAAGACCUGCGUUGUAUUGAAUUGUGUUGUAUUGAGAGAACUCUACAGAGAGGCUGGGCAAUGUAUGAGUGAAGUUUUCAGUGAAGAGUCUCAGAGAUCCCUACGAAGAAAAAAAACACAGCAGCUACAUCGUUGCGAACUGGUUAUGGAAGGUGGCAAAGUCUCUACCUACCAUUGA